UGUCAGAUUAGUUUUGUUGUUCUGAAGUACUUUGCUGUGGUGACAUAUCUGCUACGUACUCGCUGCGGCUUGUGAGUGUGUGCUUAUUCUCCCGAGCUUUGGCGCAGAACACGUGCAACAAAUGUGUGCGCGCUGACCAGCAGGAUGUAUCGUGCUUAAAAAAACCCAGCCAAUUUCAAUCGCUGGCCCGUGUGACGAAUGCAGCCCGCCGUGUCAUUUUAUGGGCCCAUCAAGCUUAACGUGCGUCAGUUAUGUUUACUGGACGGGUCAAAUGUGGUGGUUAAUUUCAAAGGAAUGGCAACUGAUUCACAACGAUUCCAGCCCAUCGAGCGAUUCAGUUUGAUCCAAACACUCAAUUUGAAUUGGGCGAUCGCGUCUAUGGAGUAACACAGCAGAAGUGUAAUGUAAGACGCGUCGUUCGUCAAUCCAGGAAAGUGACUUGUUACAUAAAUGUUGUGUCCAAAUCAGUGUAAAUGUGGCUGAACCGGAGUUUGGACGAUUUAUUUAGCCAGACUGUCGGAGGUUUCUGCUUGACGUUUACUUCUUUCCCACGCCUUCUCUGUGGACUCAUACUGUGGGAGUGGAUGCCAUGUUUCAUUUGUCUGGAAUUGCCUGCUCGGUUUAUCAGCCACGCGCUGAACAGAUUGACAAACUAUCAAAGUGGGUUUAGACGUUUUAUAAUAAACCCCGUGAUGGCCACAUCAUCAGCAUAGUGUUGCACAAAGAUCCAAAGUCAGUUUCUUAAUUCGGAGAAUUACGAGUAUUUAUUUUUGCCGCUAUUUUCUCCACAUAUUCUAGAUUGAUUCGUACUGUUCUUAUUCUCACUUGCUCACUAAUGUGUGAAACUUUUUAGGAGAGGAGUGAAAAUCCACGGUUGCCAGUGGCUGUAAAUUAUCGAGCCACAUUCUCUGGUCAGUGCAGCUUUCACAAAUGACGUUUGACUUCAGCCACAUCAGUAAUGGCUUCAGUGAGAGGCUGCCUAAUGUAAAUAUUGCGUUAAUGUACCAACAGUGGUUUGCGGAGUCACUUGCUGUUAAUCAUUGCUCAACACAGAGCUUGUCAGACACAACAUGCCCCAGAGUUAAUCAUGGUUAUAGAUCCCUGCUUUUUAUGUAGAGGACGUAUUUAACAGCUUCAGCCGUUCCAGUCGUUUGGUCCUUUCAGUAAACGUGUGCGGCAGCAUUGGCAGCCGUGACUCCAAGGGUCAGAAACGCACUUUGAGAUUCACGUGUUUGAAUGACAAGUCAUAUGGAGUAAGUAAUUCCAAAUGUCUCAAUGGCUCUCCGUGAGACAGAAAACCUGCUAUUCAAAGGUGAACACAAAUGACUUGUGCUUUUUUUUUUUUCCCCUCUCUCCACUCUCCAGCUGAUUCUUUCAGGGCUGAGAAGGAAUUUUAAGUCACCUCAGAAAUAUUUCCAGUCCUCUCAUUUCCAUUUUUGGCUGUUAUGUUAAACAAGAAAAGAUAAAAAAAAAAAAAAACAAAAAAAAACAUUUCAUACUCGCGCACACACUGAGGCGAAGAUCGCCGUGUAUAAUUAAAAGCCAAUUUUGUUGAAUUGAUUAGAUGAUGUUAAUCAGAAGAGAUAAUAUCUUAAAAGCAGUGGGAAGGAGGGGGGGAGACGGAGGGAGUGUGUGAAGAGUGAACAGGAGUGACAAUCCAGCCGCCAUUACAAGCUGCUGAUUUCUGCAGAGUGCUUCAUAAAAUGUCAGAGCGCUUCUCCCUGAGCAAGACACUGAAAAAUGGCAGAGCUGUGAUGUGCUGGCACCUCACCUGCUGCUGCCGCUGCUUCUGCUGCGUGAGCUCUGCACGCGCGCGUGUGUGUGUGUGUGAGUGAGUGCUAGCGUGCGCGGGCGCGCGUGCACGUGUGUGUAUACGUGUGUGUGUCCACUUUGGCCUCCCUCCCAUGUUGCAGUGAAGCAGAACAGAGUGGCUGACUGCCCGCUGCUUUUCUCUCUCUCCCCCUCUCUGUCAAUACAACACUUCUCUCUUCCAACCAGUCAUUUUCACAUGUUCGACAUUAAGUAAAUCAGCAAUUGAACAGUAGAGAAAAAAAAAACCCCUGAUUGACAGAUUGGGUUUAAGACUUCAGCAGUCGGCUGUAUGUUAUCAAAUUGUCGGUCAGAAACUCAAUAGCGUUUCAAUAAAUAUCCUUCCUGGUGCGAAUUUUGUGUCACUGAAAAAAAAAAACAAAAAAACAAACACACUAUGUCUGAUGUUUACACAUCAGGAAGGCUGUUUACUUCUCGAUGUGAAACACAAACCUACCCUCAUUUGCCAUUCAGCCUGUGUCUGUGUAAGUGAUCCAGCAUCCUUUAAUAAGGAAAUAGAUUAUCUGAAUUACAAUUUGUGUGAACAGACCCGACAGUUUGCUUGCAAUCGGAUAGGAACACGCCGAACAUAUGGAGUCUGGAGAGCGGCUGGCCUCCCCCGUGCCCACCCUGUCUGCUGCUCGCACCUCCUCCCCUGCGGCCUCUUCCUCCUCAUCCUCUUCCUCCUCUUCAUCGUCCCCUGCUCCCCACUCCAAGAGCAGCUUGGCCCCGAGUCCCUCAGCACUGGGAUCCACCCUCAGUACCUCUGUGACUGAUCGUGUCAAUGGAUGUGUCUCAGGCCGUAUGUUUGGAGCAGCGGGAGAGCAGCCCUUCAUUGGCUCCGCAUUGUCAAGUGCCUUCCCUCUGGUCAACCACCCAGCCUUUGGAGCACUCUACUCUGCUGGAACAGGCCGGCCUGAGUUUGGAGGCCUGGGCACACUGGGCAUGUCAGCUGCUCUCGCUGCACACCCCCAGCUAGGAGCUCUUUCUGAGUGGUGGAGAGCUGCCGAAGCUCAUGGAAGGGGAGCUGCUGCCUUCUUGCCGUCUUUUAUUGGCUUCCCUCCAUUCUUCACCCCGCACAUUCAGCCCAGCCACAGCACCACUCCCGCUCAGAUCAGAAUGCCCGGGAAGAACAGUCCGUCGAAAGGUGUAAACGGAGCAGUAAAUGGCAGCGGGGUCUGUCCUACCACUACACAAUCAGGAAGCUUCUCUGCAAGUCCAGCUCCUGUCCAGGUAUCCUCCAAGCCAACCAAAAAUUCUAUUCCUCCCAAUAGUCAUCGUAGCAGUCCUCAGAGCAAUCCAGCAGAGCCACAGACGAAACCUAAAGAGAAGAAGUCACGGAAAAAAGGAGCUGAAACGUCUGUGGCGAGCAUCAGUGAAUCAGGCUCCUCAUCAGACAGCUCCAGUGACGAGUCCCUCAGCAGUGAUCUAGAAGACCUUGCAGAAGAUGAUGACGAGGAUGAUGACGAUGACGAGGACGAUGAAGAUGAAGACAAGCAGAGUGAACUGUCGGACAGCGAGAAGCAGACAAAGAAGAAAACAAAGGUUUUGAUACCCAGCACUGGAAAUGCAAAAAAUGACAGACCACUGUGUGGGAAAACACAGGAAAAGAAAAACACACACACCCCGAAGGUCUCCUCCAACCCCCCCACCCUGGUCCCUUUACCCCGCUGCGUCUCCCCCCCUGCCUUGUCCCAAACAUCUCCAGCGGCUCUGCAGAGCUCCCGCUCUCGGACAGACACAUCACAGCAACACUUCAGUGUGAUCCAGUCCACUGGCCUGGCUGCCAACUCAAAGCCCCUGCCGCUUCUCACUCAGCCCCGCAGGGAGACAUCGCCUUCCUCCUCACCCAUACCCCUCACCACAUCUCCAAAGACACUCUCUACUACUGUCUCCCCCAAACAUCACAAACUGCUGCCCUCCUCCUCCCCACAACACCUCCCCCUCUCCCUCUGCUCCUCGCCGAAGCCUCUCUCAGUCCCUUCUCCCCCCCACUCCACUCACCCGCUUUCUACCUCCCCGAAACCUUUUGGUUUGACCUCACCUGUAACAAGCUCCCAGAAGUCACUGAAACCUCCUCGGCACGCGCUCACUGGCACUGGCAAGCCCAGCAAAAGGAAACUGCUGGAAGCUUCGCUGGCGCAGAUCAAUGAGUUCAGACUGAAACAGACUCUCAUGUCCCAAGGGCAGACAUUCCCAGCUGAGCUAAAGAAGCAGCAGCAGGGGCCAAACAAGUCUCCCAAGAGGAAGUCUCUGUCUUCAUCGCCAUUGCCGCCCGCACCUGCACCUCCUCCUCCACCCCAGAACAAUCACUCCAACCUCUUCCUCUCCAGUGCUCUGCUGGGGCUUCCUGAACCCCACCAUCCUAACGGAGUCAUCCAAAGCACCACUCAGGACGCACCUUUGGCUCUCAUCAGCAAACCUCGCAAAGACUCUCAAGCAUCUCAAGGCAAGUCCCCUCAGUGCGAAUCUGAAUCCGGGUCAAUGCCUGUCAAUCUGAGUACAGGGGUGGGCAGGACCCAAACAACCACCCCGGCUGGACCUCCCUCCCAGCCCUCCACUACCUCACCCCAUGCCACAGGUCAUGGAUCUAGAAAGAACAAGUGCCCAAAGGGUAAGGGGCAGACACCAGGGCUGAGACAAGGGCAAGGACAAGGACAGGGACAGGGACCGGGACAAACUGACCCUUUAGCGGCGUGGAAGGGCUUCUCUCAGAACCACCUUGUACAAUCCCUAGUAGAUUUGUUUCGUGGAGGAGAGUCCGGAAUUGGGAUUCCUGGAGUUAGUAUCCCCGGAGUGGGAAUUUCCGGGGUGGGAAUUCCGGGGACGUGUAAACCCACAGCUGGCCUCCCUGCCAAUAAGGAAUCUGACGACUCUGGAGAUGACGAUGAGGACGACGAUGAGGAUGAUGACCUUGAGGAGGAAGAAGAGGAAGCGGAUGAAGAUGACUCAGACGACAGUUUGUCAGAGUCCGACAGCAACUCAGACAGCGACGUCUCUGGGAAGAAAGUGAAGGAGUUAAAGCUGCUGCCAUCUGGAUCAUCUAAAAAGGAGAUGACUCCCUACAGGCUAACCAAAGGCCCAGAACUACUGAACACCUCAACAAAUCACACCUCCACCAGCUGCUCCCCUCUCAACCUGCAGGUCAUCAAGACCCCCGCCAUUGUCACCAGCUCCAGUGCCUUGGCCUAUCACAGCUCUCCGGGCUCAUCUUCCUACAGCCUUGCCUCUCCGUUAGGCUUAGGCAAGAGGAAGAGGGUGAUGGAUGAGAAGGAGUUGAUGAUACCUCUGGAGCUGGGGUGGCGCAGAGAAACAAGAAUCAAAUCACUAGCAGGACGACCGCAGGGCGAAGUAGCCUACUAUGCCCCAUGUGGCAAGAAACUAAGGCAAUACCCAGAUGUAAUGAAGUAUCUAUCCAGAAAUGGAAUAAGUGGCCUCACGCGUGAUAAUUUUAGCUUCAGUGCAAAGAUAAGGGUUGGUGACUUCUAUGAAGCCAGAGAAGGACCCCAGGGUUUACAUUGGAGCCUUUUGAAGGAAGAGGAAGUCAUUCCUCGUAUUCUGGCCAUGGAAGGCCGCAGGGGUCGCCCCCCAAACUCGGAGCGCCACCAAUCAGGCGACGGUGCCAAUGGUUCACGACGCAGGAAGGGACGACCGCCUAACGUUGCCAAUCCGCUUUUGGCCGAGGGCCCCAGUGCAAGUGAGGUCAAACUGCUGCGUAAGCUAGAGGCUCAAGAAAUAGCUCGACAGGCUGCCCAGAUGAAACUCAUGCGGAAGCUGGAGAAACAGGCACUGGCACGUGCAGCCAAAGAAGCUCGUAAACAACAAGCAAUCAUGGCGGCAGAGGAGAGGAGGAAGCAGAAGGAGCAGAUCAAGAUUCUCAAGCAGCAGGAAAAGAUCAAGCGUAUUCAGCAGAUUCGGAUGGAGAAAGAACUCAGGGCGCAGCAAAUUCUGGAGGCGAAACGCAAAAAGAAGGAAGAAGCUGCCAAUGCCAAAAUCAUAGAAGCUGAAAAGCGAAUAAAGGAGAAAGAACUGAGGCGGCAGCAGGCAGAGAUUCUCAAACACCAGGAGUUGGAGAGGCAUAGACUAGAUAUGGUAUGGGAGAGGGAGAGGAGGAGGCAACAUGUAAUGCUGAUGAAGGCGGUUGAGGCCCGCAAGAAAGCAGAGGAGCGUGAGCGCUUGCGGCAGGAGAAAAGGGAUGAGAAGCGCCUGAACAAAGAGCGUAAACUGGAGCAGCGGAGGCUGGAGCUGGAGAUAGCCAGGGAGCUAAAGAAGCCAAAUGAAGACAUGUGUCUCUCUGAUCAUAAGCCUCUUCCUGAGUUCUCUCGGAUUCCCGGCCUCAUCUUGCCAGGAUGUGCCGUGUCAGACUGCCUUAUGCUAAUGCAGUUCCUGCGAGGCUUUGGGAAAGUUCUUGGACUGGAUUUGAGUACAGAUGUGCCAACGCUGGGCAUGCUACAGGAGGGUCUGCUUAAUGUUGGUGACAGCAUGGGCCAAGUCCAGGAUCUUCUGGUCAAAAUGCUGUCUUUGGCAGUGUGUGAUCCCGGGCUACCACCUGGACAAAAGGUAAACUAGGCGAUGAGAGUGUAGUGAGAUUGAUAAUUGCA